CGGUUAUAUUGAAAAAUACGUUGUCAUGAUUUAUGCAUUAGGUUCGGCACAUGUGAAGUACGACGAAUGAAUCGAAGUCGAUCUUUUGCCGUUCUAUUCGACAAGCUCAGUCGAAUAGAACGGCAGAGUCGACCCAAAUACAAAAGUGCCGUUCGACGUUUGAACCGGGCCUAAGAACACAGAGUUCUAAGAACAUUGAAAACACUGAAAACACAGAACUACCGAAACGGUGUAAUAAGCUCCAGAAGGCUCAAGAAUACACCAGAGGUGAGUCAUUUUGAUUCAUUUUAUUGAAUGAAAGUUAAAUUGAGCAUUAUUUAGGCUUUAUAAUCGACGGUAUUUGAUUUCCCAUACAAAGUCUUAUAACGCGUUUAACUUCUCAAUGGCUGUCUGUAGUGACGCGAGCUUGGGCUGCCUAUGUUGAAACUUGAAUGUUGAAUAUGUUAAAACUCCGAUCGAUGUCUCAUUGUGAAACACCAAUGUGGCAUCACACGCAACAAUGCUGAAUGAUAAAAAACAGCAAUGUGCAAUUACGAAAUUCAAACGUCGCAUGGUGAUAAUGAAGGUUAAAUGAUAAACUUGAACAUUACCCUGCGAUUAGGCGUACUUUUCAGGGUGCACUUAAAAAGGAAAGGUACGCCUGAUCGCAGGUUACUUGAACAUCGAAAGCAAACCGAAAGCAAACCUUGAAUUUUGGCGGGGAUAUAACGCCAUAGUUAACAUGGAGUAUUAGUUGACUGAACUUUGCUGGUCCUUUCGACCCUGUGGGAUUGCAAUAAACUCUUUCAGGCUCGUUGCUGGCUAUUGGAAGUAACGGAUUUUAUCGGCCUCUUACUAACACAUUUCUCCACCUUCAUUGUAGGUUGAAUUCAUUUCAGAUGGUAAAAGUCAAUUUUGUCUCCUCCCCGGGAAAUCCUUCAAUCGGUUUGGUUCACAUAAGGCUUUCAGCCACUGUGUAAGUAAAACAACUGAAGCUCUAGUCGAAGAGCUUCAAAAUGCCUUAAGAAAAUUGAGGUCGUCCCAAGACGAUUCAUCUAGUUCGUGCAAUAAAACAGACGUUUUAUCCGAGUCCCUGUCCGAGGUAGUCGCAGACAUCGAGAAAGGUCCGGAUAUCGAUAAGACAACAGAGAGCAGCACAAGCAGCAAAAAUACGUCCCCGGCCUGUUCCAGCAAAUCUAGGAAAAGGAAAUGCUUGUCCCCUGCGUCAACGGCCACCAAAAAAGUUGCACGAAGUGAUGAAAUGCAAGAAUCGUGUGAGAAGUGCCUUAUCUCAAGUGAGUGCUUUUAUGUGACUUCAUCAUGAAAGGUGUCCAUGUUGGUGGGGAAGAAAAUAGCCUGUCGCUUUACUGGCAAUUAAACUUAAAGUUUUGAGCAUAUUAUUAAAAAAGAUUGUAUUGUAUUUUCGUAUUAAAGCCAAUUGCAUGUUUGUUACAUACGGGCAAUUUCCUAUACUUUGCAUCGUUUACAUUAACUACGUGUGCAUGUACUUAAAAUUCUGAUUGGUUCUCUUAGAAGCUCUCUGCAUCUCUUGUGAUUAGUCCAAGUGAUUGCUGUGGUUUUUGCGGCACUCAAUUUGAAGACCACUCUAUUAAUUACACCAAAAAUUAGAGAAAAAUUUGAUCACGUACACGUGUGAUUUGCUUGAAGUAAAAUCGUAUCAUCUGACUUCCCUACCCCUUUCCCCCCACUCUGUUUAUAUACACAGGGUUCGUAUAGGUUCUGUUUAGUCAUGGAAUUCUAUUGGUGGUGUUGAAUGGGACUGGAAACUCCUGGAAAUUGUAACUUUAACUCCAACAAUAUUUUUUCUUGAUUGUCAAGCACUGCAAAAACCUGUCUUUAAUACUCCCUGAAACUUUACUUUAAGUGCCUAUGAAGUAAAAAAUUACAUUUGCAUUUGAGCGAAAAUGGCGCUUUCUCUUUCAAAAGAUGUUUUUUCAUUCCCAAAGCUUAAAAUUGAUGAUGUCAUCAGUGGUUCAAGCAAGAAGAUAAAUCACAAAAUUGAUAAUAUCUCUGGAAAUAUAUAAGUGAUGCCAUUUAAACUUGGCACCAGUAAUAGGCCAUUUCAGAAAUGUGAGAGGACUGGGACGAGUUUGGUUGCUUUCUGUUUGUUUAAAAAAACUAAGACAUUCAAAUGAGAGAUCAACCAAGUUUGAGAUGUAUUUAGAGGAGGAAAAUGGCGAAAUAAUAUAUCUUCAAAUAUCACCUAAAAUAGAGAGUUCGUAUGGAAUGGGUAGACAGGCCACAAAAUUAGAAGGGUUUGUAUGGGAUUUUGCAACUUUUGCAAGUCUCCCAUUUGGCCAAUUUUCCGUAGAAAACUCUCAAAGUUGGCUGGAUAGCUUUUUAUUUGGUAACAUUUCAGUUGAAGAGUUUAGAUUUUCAAUCUAAGCAAGUAUGAGAAACUCGUCCUAGUCCUCUCACGUUUCUGAAAUGGCUUAUGUACGUCAGAUAAGACAUAAUAACAGUUCUGCUUCCCAGUCUAUUUCAUGCUGGAUUAAGUUUCCAGUUUUUUUUUUAACAUUAUUAAGCAUUGUCCACCUGUGAUGAGGUGGUAAAGAGUCGUAAGGUAAUAUGGGUAUCACAUGUGUUUUCAAGUAAGACCAUCUGUUCACUCCUCACCUGUUCAAAAUUGGAGAUAUUUGAUUCAUGGCUAAAGAAGCCUUAGACCUAGAGUGUUGCUAUGGGAACAUCACAGAAGGUAUCAUUUUGCUUAUUUCCUGACGUUCAUUACUGGUGCCAAGUUUAAGUUUCUCAAAACUCCUGAAAAGCUGUUCUGCAUGCAUUAGGCUCAUUCCCAGAAGUUCUCUUCUGUUAAUAACUAAGCACGCUAUACACUGUACAGUUAAAAAUUACAUUAGGCUGGCUAUCUCAAAGUACAAUUCAGUCAAAAAACAGCUUGAAAAGUGGCUUCUCAAACCUGAAAUGUUUCUGGAAUUUUGAGAGAGGCAUGCCAGUUGUUAAAUCUAGAAAAUGCAGUAUCUAGACUGCAGUUAAUAUUAAGACGAUCUAUGUUUUGUUUUAAUCAUCACAGCAACAUCACAACUCAUUCCCAUUGAGAAGCUUGGUUUGCCUGUCGGCCCAUCAAGGCAAUUUCGACGCGUAAAUGAUGCAUUUGUUGACAGCCUCAAAGAAGAAUUGUUAAAAGAGCCAAGUGGAAGUCAUGGAUGUCUGUUCGUGGUUGCAAAGGGUGUAGAAAGCAAAGAAACAUUUGAUCCAGCUAAAAAGGAUGCAUAUGAGUACGAAGUUUUGGGGGGUACUCACCUGAUGCUAGCCACCAAGAAACUUCAUUCCCAGUACCCAGAAAACAAACAUUACCAAGGCAGAAUGGCAAGAAUCUACUGUGGCCUUACAGAUGAUCAGGCUGUUUACCUUGGUGCCAUGCAUCAAAGGUCGUCAUCAUUCUGUCAUGACAUUACAUACAGAGAAGAGGUACAUUUUGUAUUAAAAUUUUGGAUUUGAAAUUGAAUUCAGGCAUGCUUGAAGCAUACCACAUUGUUGUUGUCAUUAAAGAAAGUGAAUAUUAUUUGCUAGUCUGUCAAUGAAUAUGAAACACUGCAUAAUCAAUGAUGUUGCAUGUACAUGUACAGUGUAUGUAAUGGCCAGCCUGUUUGUUAAUAUAGAGCCCAGUUAAGGCAAUAUGAAGAAUUAAUAACUUUUAAUAUGCCCUUUCCCACUACUUUCCUUGUGUCAUCUAAUUUACAGCAUUUUUCUUCAUACAAAUUAAUUUAGGUAGAGAGAUGUAGAUCUCAACUAUAUGGAGAGCUUGAUGUACAGAGUGAACCUCCAAAGCCGCAACCAUCGUGGAGAGAUGAGUGUUCUCGUAUUUUAUACAAAGAUGUAAGAAUUUAAUUCACUUAAGUAAUGCAAGUUGAGUUUUUUAAAAGAAAU